AUUUACAACCCCAUUUUCAUCCCCCUUUUUUUCAUUUUCCAUUUUUAAUUCCUAAUUUCUCCUAUAAAUUCCUUUCUCCCUAAUCUUAACAAAUUCAUCAACUCAUUUUUCUUUUUAUUUCAUCAAUGGAUCUUCCUAAAAAUUCCACAAAAUUCCAUGUUACGGCGGCCAGAAUCUCGGCCGUGAUUAUACUGGCAUUGGUGAGUUUAGCCACCGUGGAGGGCAAAAAGCCGUGCCCGACUACAAAUUAUUUAGAAGUUCCGGCGAUCAGUUGCCGGAAACACACGGCAGUGCUGACAGACUUCGGCGGCGUCGGUGACGGAGUUACUUCAAAUACUCAUGCAUUUCGGCAAGCGAUCGAGCAUCUUAGCCCACUGGCGGCGGACGGCGGUGCUCAACUGAUUGUACCGCCGGGAAAGUGGCUGACCGGAAGUUUUAAUCUGACCAGCCAUUUCACACUUUUUGUCCAUAAAUAUGCUACAAUUCUUGCUUCUCAGGAUGAAUCAGAAUGGCCACUUGUCGCAGUUCUCCCAUCUUAUGGGAGGGGAAGAGAUGCUCCUGGUGGAAGAUACAGCAGCCUCAUUUUUGGAACCAAUCUCACCGAUGUUGUCAUCACAGGUAACAACGGUACGAUAGAUGGGCAAGGAUCUUAUUGGUGGGACAAGUUCCACAAGGACGAGCUUAACGUAACACGACCGUACCUGAUUGAGAUGAUGUACUCUGACCAAAUCCAAAUCUCUGAUCUCACUUUGGUCAACUCUCCCUCGUGGUUUGUCCAUCCGAUCUACAGCAGAAAUGUAAUUAUCCGAGGGCUCACCAUUCUUGCUCCGAUCGACUCUCCCAACACCGACGGAAUCGAUCCAGAUUCCUGCUCCAAUACUCGAAUUGAAGACUGUUUCAUCGUCUCUGGCGAUGAUUGUAUCGCCGUCAAGAGCGGAUGGGACCAAUACGGUAUCAAAUUCGGAAUGCCGACUGAAGAUCUCGUCAUUCGUCGCCUCACCUGCAUCUCCCCGGAUUCCGCUGGCAUCGCCCUCGGCAGCGAGAUGUCCGGCGGCAUCCGCAACGUUAGGAUCGAAAACGUCACCGGAAUCAACACGCAGUCCGCCGUGAGAAUCAAAACCGCACGCGGACGAGGCGGUUUCGUGAAGGAUAUUUUCGUCAGAGGAAUGUAUCUAUCAACGAUGAAAUAUGUUUUCUGGAUGACUGGAAACUACAAAUCGCAUCCGGAUGACAAGUUCGAUCCGACGGCGGUGCCUGAAAUUACGAACAUUAAUUACAGAGACGUGGUGGCGGAGAACGUUACUUACUCGGCGAGAUUGGAAGGGAUAUCGGGAGAUCCGUUUACCGAUAUUUGUAUAUCGAAUGUGAAGAUUGGGCUGACGGCGAAGCCUAAGAAGUUGCAAUGGAACUGUACGGACGUUGAGGGAUUCAGUAGCGAUGUGAUGCCGCCGCCGUGUGCUCCGCUGGCGAAGGCAGCGAAAAGCGGUGGAUGUUACUUUCCUGAGGAUGAGCUGCCGAUUGAAAAGGUUCAAUUGAAGACUUGCUUCGUUCAAAAUCCUGCCUCUUAAGUGAAGCCUUCGAAUUUUUGUUCUCUUCAGUGGAAUAAAUUGUAACUUGGUCUUUAAUUUGUCCAACCAAAAAUAACAUGAACCUUUUCUAUUCAGUAAUUUUAAAAAGAUAUUCUAUUCUC